CCAAUGGCCACAAUCAGCAAACAAUUGGAGCGGCUUCCGACUAUGUUCGUUAAGGAGUGUGGUUAUAUACCAAUGUAAGUGUGGUUAUAUACCAAUGUAAGUGUGGUUAUAUACCAAUGUAAGUGUGGUUAUAUACCAAUGUAAGUGUGGUUAUAUACCAAUGUAAGCGUGGUUAGAUACAAAUGUAAGUGUGGUUCAACGCUGAAUCAGAUGCCGUUAAGCAACGCAGUCUUGCAAACUUCUGGGAUGCCUUAACAAACGUUGGUCUCACCAUUGACACAUAGAGGACAACAAGCUGCACGAAAACCUGACAUAUUUUAUUGUGAACUCAAGCAGCGUGGGCGGUUUGCUGGGGGACAGAAGAAACGCUUGAAAGAUACACUGAACGCACCUUUGAAAGCAUUUCACAUUGACCCGGACAUUUGGGAGAAGUCCCCGAAGCAUCGAGACUCGUGGCGCUCCUCCAUACACAAGGGGACAAUGUAACAUGGGACUGAAAGAAUAGCUGCUGCAGAAUACAAGAGGCAACCCAGAAAAGCCAGGGUUAAUUCUGUAGCUGGAGUUGUCCCAUUCACCUACCCGACCCCCCCCCCUUUGCACCUUCUGCGCCAGAACAUUGCGUGCCAGCAUUGGCCCGAUCAGCCAACUUCGCACCCACAGACAGAUUCAGACCCAGCAACAAGCUGAUGUUUGAAAUGGUCAUGAUCGACUUUCGGCGGAAGAAAAUAUCGAUUAUGUAACAAUGUAAGUGUAGUUCAGCAUCAAUCUCAUUAUUUUAAAAUAAAUUGUCAUGUAUUUAAAUCUAUUGUUAAAUUAAUGAAGCCUCUUUUUUUUUUUUUAAAUGAUAUUUGAUCAACCAUGCCUGUAAGGUGUAAAACUUUCUUUUUUUAUAUAACUUUCAGAGUUCUGACAAAUGCCGCUGCCAUUAUCGAGAAAAAUUUAAAAACCAAAGAUUUGUUUCAGACCCAGGGAUUACCUGCACGAGUCAACCACACAUUAGUAAGUUAAUGAUUCGGCUUGUCUCACCAACCACACAUUAGUAAGUUAAUGAUUCACUUGUCUCACCAGCCACACAUUAAUAAGUUAAUGAUUCACUUGUCUCACCAGCCACAAAUUAGUAAAUUAAUGAGUUAGCUUAUUACACAUGCACUCGAAAACAAUGGGUUAUACACUGGGGACUAUAGUAUAUACAUUUGGAAACUAUGAUAUAUUCACUCGGGACCUAUAGGAUAUACAUUUGAAAACUGUGGGAUAUGCUCUCGGUUAAAAUAAUAUUUUAAAAAAGUAAUUUUUCAAAAUAUAUUCCAUGGCUAUAAAUAACUCUUGAUAUUUAUUCGAGUGGUGAACUUGAAAUGCCUGUGGAGCUAAAGUACAUCUCUCUCUCAAACACUUGUGUCAUGUUUUAGUCUGUCCACAUCCGUCAGGUGGCACUCAGGCCUGUCAUAACUGCCAGACGUCACGUACACAAGCUGAACCUGAUGAGAUUUUAGCCCACUUCCUAUAUCUGGAUAAACUACGGGGAACUAUGGGAAUUAUUACAUUUAUAUUGUUUUAUUUCACGUUAGAUAUUUCGCCAAAAUUAACCGAAGGUAAUUAUAAUUCUUUGGUUUCCCCGCGAUAAUGCUUAAAAUGUGACCACUAACCACCAUGCAGGGCCGUCUUAACAUAAUAGGAGACCCUGGGCACAUCAAUGCACUGGGGCCCCCUAGCAACAACAUACCUGGGCCGUGAGAGGGGGGCGAAGGGGGACAUGUUCAAAGGAUAUGGGGGAGGGGGGGGGGGGGGGUGAACAGUUAAACUUCGAUGAAUUCAAUUUAUUGAUACACAAAAAAAAAUUCAUUCAAAAUCAAUAAUAGUAAUAGUUUUCAAACAUUAUCAGAAAUAAACUAUAAAUAAUCACAGAGGAUGAUGAUAAAUUAUCAUUAAUGACAGAUGCCGAGAUAGAUAUAAUAAAUUAUUUAAUAUAAAACAGCAUAAUCCUUUGCGUAAUUUUUUAAACAGUGAAUUGUUUUAUUAUUCGUGUAAAGCCAAUUAGUGAAAGCCAGUUCAAACGUUUUUGUCCAAUUGUACCGCGAAGUUGAUUCUUACUAUAUUCUUUUUUCGAUUCAUUUCUGGGCAAAGUAAAAUUUGUUGACGAGAGUUAUCUCCCUUUAAAAGUCCAACUUUGAUUCGCAAUUAUAAUAUUAAUUUUGGAAUGUGCUGAUUUAAUAAUAUAUCGUAGGUUAAAAUUGGGAAAUUGGAAAUCCAAAUAAAUUGUCAAAAUAUUUCAAUAAAAAUUUUUUAAAUACGUAAAGCAUGAUGCUUCCAUAAGAGUGAGUCUACUAGAAACUUGUGGGGCCCCCUACAAGCGCGGGGCCCUGGGCCAGUGCCCACUGGGCCCAUGCCUUAAGACGGCACUGCCACCAUGGUGAACUUAAGCUAUGAAACCCUCAUGAUGAACUUAAUCUGUCAAACCAUCAUGAUGAACUUAAUCUGUCAAACCAUCAUGAUGAACUUAAUCUGUCAAACCAUCAUGAUGCACUUAAUCUAUGAAACCCUCAUGAUGAAUUUAAUCUAUGAAACCAUCAUGAGGAACUUAAUCUGACAAACCAUUAUGAUGAAUUUAAGCUAUGAAACCCUCAUGAUGAACUUAAUCUGUUAAACCAUCAUGAUGAAUUUAAUCUAUGAAACCAUCAUGAUGAACUUAAUCUGUCAAACCAUCAUGAUGAAUUUAAUCUAUGAAACCAUCAUGAUGAACUUAAUCUGACAAACCAUCAUGAUGAAUUUAAUCUAUGAAACCAUCAUGAUGAGCUUAAUCUGACAAACCAUCAUGAUGAAUUUAAUCUAUGAAGCCAUCAUGAUGAACUUAAUCUGUCAAACCAUCAUGAUGAAUUUAAUCUAUGAAACCAUCAUGAUAAAACUUAAUCUGACAAACCAUCAGGAUGAACUUAAGCUAUGAAACCAUCAUGAUGAACUUAAUCUGUCAAACCAUCUUGGUGAACUUAAACUGCUUCCUCAGGCUCAGCUUAGCGCCAACAGGGUCAACAGGGUCAAGAAUGCGAGUGUGCAUGACGUCAUCGAGGCCAUGAAGAUGUUCCUCGUCCGUUUGCCGGAACCGCUCCUACCGGAAAAUAUCUGCGAUGAGCUGAUCAAAGUUUCGCCGGGCGAUACCAAGGCCAACUACUCUACCAUACUGUCGGACUUCCGGCAGACGAUGCCACAUAACUUCGCCAUCAUUCAUUUUAUGAUGCGAUUACUCAAAAAGGUGAGGGGGAAAAAGUUAUUUAAAAAAAAGCUUUUAAAUAGUCCCUAAUCAAUGGGGUGUCAAGAGCAGGACCGUAUCAAGGAAAAACUGCGCGAUGGGCAAAGAAUGACUUUUGGGGCAAAGUUUUCUGAAAAGUAUAUAUAUUUAAUUAAAUAUAUUGCAUGAAUAAUCACGAAUGUUUCGCCCCUUAUCUUAGGCACCAAAGGCCUAUUCCCCCUUCAACCCCGUUACCACGGUCAUGGUCCAGAGACCAGUCAAUUGAUAAAAGAGAAAAUAUAAUUCUAAGUACAAAUAAUUUCAAUGUUCAUUCUUUGUGUAAUUGCUAACCACCUUUAAAAAAUCUUCUGAUUAGUCUUUGACUCGCAUAAAAUCACAAACAGAUCACGCUUCCAAAUGUUCCAGCCCUGAAUCUGUCUCUGUCUCUGAAUCUGUCUCUGAAAUUGUCUCUGAAUCUGUCUGUCUCUGAAUCUGUCUCUGAAUCUGUCUCUGAAUCUGUCUCUGAAUCUGUCUCUGACUCAGUCUCUGUCUCUGAAUCUGUCUCUGAAUCUGUCUUUGAAUCAUUCGUUGUCUCUGAAUCAGUCUCUAUCUCUGAAUCUGUCCCUGUCUCAUCUGUGAAUCAGUCUCUGUCUCUGAAUCUGUAUAUGUCUCUGAAUCAGUCUAUGUCUCUGAAUAUGUCUCUGUCUCUGAAUCUGUCUUUGUCUCUGAAUAUGUCUCUGAAUCAGGGUUUUUUCUCUGAGUUAAUCUUUGUCUCUGUCUCUGAAUCAGUUUUUUUUUCUCUGAGUAAGUCUGUGUCUCUGAAUCUGUCUCUGAAUUAGUCUCUGAAUCUCUCUCUGUCUCUGAAUCUUUUUCAGUCUCUGUAUCAAUCUCAGUCUCUGAACCUUUCUCGAAUCUGUCUCUGUCUCUGAAUCUGUCUCUGAAUCUGUCUCUGAAUCUGUCUCUGUCUAAGAUCAGAUCAGACACUUCGUGCAGCUGGCUCGGUGUCUCUUAGUGUGAAUCCAAAAAUAUAACUAAACGUCGAACAGAUUUGUGAUCGUCAGUUCGAGGCAAUUUGUGGUGAUAACUUGAUAACAUUUAGAUAGUUGUGGUGAUAACUUUAUAACAUUUGCCAAGUUGUGGUGAUAACUUUAUAAAAUUUGCCAAGUUGUAGUGAUAACUUUAUAACAUUUGCCAAGUUGUAGCGAUAACUUUAUUACAUUUGUCAAGUUGUGGUGAUAAUUUUAUAAAAUUUGCCAAGUUGUAAUGAUAUAACUUUAUUAGAUUUGCCAAGUUGUUGUGAUAACUUUAUAAGAUUUGCCAAGUUGUUGUGAUAACUUUAUAAAAUUUGCCAAGUUGUAAUGAUAUAACUUUAUAAGAUUUGCAAGUUGUUGUGAUAACUUUAUACAAUUUGCCAAGUUGUAGUGUCCUACAAGCAUAAUAAUACCUUGAAAUGGAGAAGUAAGGAUUGAGGAAAAGGGGGGGGGUUGUAGAGCUAUUUUGUGUUGGGUGCUGUAAUUUUGAACAGGUCUGGAGGGAAACAGACAUAACGGCUACGAAUGGAAGAGCGUUCUGCAGAGGCUGCUCUGUCAGUCAAUCUCCUAAUAAUACCUUGAAAUGGAGAAGUAAGGAUUGAGGAAAAGGGGGGGGGGGGGUUGUAGAGCUAUUUUGUGUUGGGUGCUGUAAUUUUGAACAGGUCUGGAGGGAAACAGACAUAACGGCUACGAAUGGAAGAGCGUUCUGCAGAGGCUGCUCUGUCAGUCAAUCUCCAGAAACGUUUUUAUAAAUUCACACACCUGGAUUUAGUUUUAAUAAAAUAACACAGUUUUUGACAAAUUCGCACAACUGGUCACAGCUGCACGUACAAGUUGCCAUCAUUAAGUUUAAAAGGGUAAAUGAAACAGAGAAGGUUUUGGGAUCUCAAAUAAUGAACAAUGUAUUUUUUUUUAAAAUGAAAAUUAACUUCCAAAAUAUUUAUAUUUUCUCUGAAUCUGUAUCAGUCUCUGUCUCUGAAACUGUCUCUGAAUCAGUCUCUGUCUCUGAAUCUGUCUCUGAAUCAGUCUCUGUCUCUGAAUCUGUCUCUGAAUCAGUCUCUUUUUCUGAAUCUGUAUCUGAAUCAGUCUCUGUCUCUGAAUCUGUCUCUGAAUCAGUCUCUGUCUCUGAAUAUGUCUCUCUCUGAAUCAGUCUCUGUGUUGAAACUGUCUCAGUCUCUGAGUCAGUCUCUGUUUCUGAACCUGUCUCUGCCUCAUAUCUACCAAAUGAAUCCUAUUUUUUGUUCUAUUACAAACAACAACAAAAACUAGUCGGGUCAGUGAAAUCAAUAUUAAGAUUUUGAAAUAGAAAUUCAAAUUAAAAUGCACACUUUGCAACCACCCCCACCCAACCUCAAAUUUCUAAAAUUAUCAAGUGACUCCUGACAUUUUAUCAGGUGACCACCACGAAAGGAUCGUGCAGCACAUGUCGAGAUCCACUGCCCUAAUCCUUAAACAUAACGCUGCUAGAUGCGUUAGUGUGGCUGGUCACAGCUUCCAUUUCUCUGAUGCCAACAUACCCUUGAUCCAAUGGCUUCGCCUAUUAAAUGAGUGUAAAAUUACAUUAAUAUCAUUGAAUAUUAUUGAAUUCUAUUCCACAACUUUGAAACGAUCCACACAAAACCCACACCCCCCCACACACACACAUACACACACAAACUAUAAAAAAACAACUUUGGCAACUCAGUAUGAUUGUGAAAUAAUAUAUUAAUUGUAAAUCGACAGUACCAUGGUCAUAACCGAAGCUUUGCAUCUUGCUCAAUUAAACAAAAUCUGCACCAGAAGCAUUAUUUUCACAGCUUUGCAGCUUCAUGUCGCUGACAUGUAAUUUCUCACCAAUCGCUUGUCAGUUUCCAAUUAUUAUUUAUUUAAUUCCGUUCAAAUGUACGCACAGCAAAAUGAUGUCAAAAGAUUCCUAUCCAUCGGGCUUGGGUGCAACACACUACAGACCAAGGGGAAGAUAACUAUUUUCAACACAUCCGGAUCCGGUUCCGUUUUUUUUUUUUUUUGUUUGCCGGCUCCACUUAUCCGGGGAAGUACCCGGCUCAGCCCGAGUCAUAGUUUUUCUGAUUAUGGGGAACGACCACGAAGGAUUUUUUUUUUUUUUUCGUAAAGAAAAGAGCAUAAUGGGUUAGUGCAUAUCAUUUCCGCUUUCAUAUCAUUUGUGGUUGUCAUGGUCAUGGCUAAGUAAACACGGGUUCGGAUGACGUCACCGUGACGUGAGGGUGGAAGAAAUUCUUCAGAGUGAAAAUAUAAAUUUUAUUUUUAAAACUCUAUUAUUGGGUCUGCUUUAAUUAACCCUUCUUAACUUACUGGAAUCGAGUUUAGAGACAACAAAAAUGGUUUUGGAGCAAACCCAAAUUGGUAAAAGUAGGGCGGCCACCAUGGGCAAUCUACUCUGUUUUAGAAAAAAAUGUGGACGUACCCUAUGCUUGAAAAUAAAUUUCUCUAACGCUAAGCAACGGUUCACUUUGAAAAAAAAGGAUAAAACUCAGUCAACUGUUGAUGUUUUUAUGAGCGCUUAACCUCAUGACGUGCGGGCAAAACACAUUCCUAUCGUCUCAAGCUUUGUUUGUACAUUUAGGAAACGACUGAACUGAUUGCACUCUAGCGAUGAUAGACUAAUCGUUAAGAAAUAAAAACAAUAAUUAAGCCAUAGACGCAACCAGGGGCGUUGGUGACUUCUUUGACAAGGUUGGGGGGGGGGGGGUCCAACAUAAGCCAUCCUUUGAGCACUCAUCGGAUUAAUAUCAUUUAUAAAAGUAUCUUAACUCCAGAAGAAGGGUCCAGACCCCAUACCCCCCCCCCCCCCUCAAGGUUGGGGGGGGGGGUCCAACAUAAGCCAUCCUUUGAGCACUCAUCGGAUUAAUAUCAUUUAUAAAAGUAUCUUAACUCCAGAAGGAGGGUCCAGACCCCAUGACCCCCCCCCCCUAACCCCGGCCAGCUACACCCCCGGACGUAACAUUUGAUUGGCCGAUCCUUUUCCUCCGCUAGGUGGGAGAACAAGCUGAACACAACGGUAUGGACGUCCGGAAGUUGGCCACUAUAUUUGUUCUUGACGUCAUCAACCCGUUAAAAAUAGAACAGCCUGGUCACGUGAGUGUAAACAAUGUGUAGAUUGAAAAAUUCGAUCGAUUUCUCUAAUCAAACAUUCAAACAUGACUACUUGCCUCACUGACUAGACCGGUAAAUACACCAAGUACAACGUAUUCAUUUCAAUAAUUAAAGAUAUUAUGACAUUAAACCGUCCAAACUUUUUACUCACACGCACACACACACGCCAACCCACUCCCAGCCAACUUUUGUUGUUUUUUUCCUCUUCUUUCGCUAAAAUUCGGCAAGAAAGUUUUCGAAUUAAAGCUAUGAUGAGCAAUGCUCUUGCCUUGUUUUAUCAAAGAACCAUUUCUCAUUUCUCUCCAUGACAGGAUGCCUUCUUGGUUGAACGGAUGCAACGCCUGCCUUACCUGAUCAUGGUGGUGGAGAACAUGAUCCACUACGUGGAGAUCUUCAGUGAGAUCAAUCAGAUCAAGGGCGCUGUAUCGCCACCAAGAGGUUUUAUUUGAUUGAUAACUUAAACUAGAGUUACCUUGCCAAUGACGUUAAAGAAUUCAUUGUAAACUUUUCACGUAAAAACAAAGUGGCCUUCCAUUUAGAUCUUCCAAUGAACAUAUGAAAUAAACAUAUGACGUGAACAUAUGACACGAACCUAUGACGUGAAAUAUAACAUAACAUUUGACAUAAACACAUGACAUGAGAAUGUGAAUGAACAUAUGAAAUGCAAAAAUAUGACAUGGAAACGUGACAUGAACCUAUAUGACGUAAAAUUAUGACAUGAACAUUUGACAUAACACAUGGUAGGAACAUAUGACACGAGCAUGUGACAUGAACACAUGUCAUGGUACAUGACUUGAACAUGUGAAAUGAACAUAAUGACAUGAACAUAAUGACAUGAACACAUGACAUGUACAUGUGACACGAUCAUAUCACUAUUUUUAAUAACGAGAUGAACACUGUAGAGAGUCCAUGUCAUACAAGUUUUACAUUCCAAAGAUUACUACGUUUUCGCAUGAAUUCUAAUUAAUAUUGAGUUGUUGCCUUUUUUAAACAAGGCAUGAAUACAUCUUGCACAUUGGAUAUGUGUUCACAGUGUUUUAAUGAGGGUUGGUGUCAUCCGGUGCGGUCCACUGCCCCCCCCACCCUCUAACAACGUCACUGUUUGUGAAAAUUCCUUUUGUUGAUUUUUUUUUCCACUAUAACAAAUGGACUGAUUGUUUCCACUAUAACAAAAGGACUGAUUGUUUCCACUAUAACAAAUGGACUGAUUGUUUCCACUAUAACAAAUGGACUGAUUGUUUCCACAAUAACAAAUGGACUGAUUGUUUCCACUAUAACAUAUGGACUGAUUCCUUCCACUAUAACAAAUGGACUGAUUGUUUCCACUAUAACAAAUGGACUGAUUGUUUCCACUAUAACAAAUGGACUGAUUUUUCUACUAUAGCAAAAGGCUGAUUGUUUCCACUACAACAAAUGGACUGAUUGUUUCCAUUAUAGCAAAUGGACUGAUUGUUUCCACUAUAGCAAAUGGACUGAUUGUUUCCACUAUAAAAAAUGGACUGAUUGUUUCCACUAUAGCAAAUGGACUGAUUGUUUCCAUUAUAACAAAUGGACUGAUUGUUUCCACUAUAACAAAAGGACUGGUUGUUUCCACUAUAACAAAUGGACUGAUUUCAAAUGAAGCGCAAAUUUCAAUAGGUUCUUCUUGUACGAGGGUUCCUAUCACGCAUGCCAUGGCAUCAAAAAGCAACAUUUGUGGUAGUACAAUUUUUUUUUUGGUCAAUUUAUCUUACAAAUGUACCAACUUCAAGCAGUCUAAUAAAUGUUAAUCAAAUUAAGAGUGGAGCCUUUUCACAGUAAGAGUGCAGUAUUUUCACAACAACAGUGCUGUCUCUUCACAGUAACAGUGCCAUCUUUUUACAGUAAGCGUGCAGUCUUUUCACAGUGACAGUGCAGUAUUUUUACAGUAAAGGUGCAGUAUUUUCACAGUAAAUGUGCAGUCUUUCACAGUAAAAGUGCAGUCUUUUCACAGUAAGAGUGCAUUCUUUUCACAGUAACAGUGCAAUCUUUCCAAAGUAACAGUGCAAAAUUUUCACAAUCACAGUGCAUUCUUUUCACAGUAAAUGUGCAUUCUUUCACAGUAAAAGUGCAGUCUUUUCACAGUAAGAGUGCAAUCUUUUCACAGUAACAGUGCAUUCUUUUCACAGUAAAUGUGCAGUCUUUCACAGUAAAAGUGCAGUCUUUUCACAGUAAGAGUGCAAUCUUUUCACAGUAACAGUGCAAUCUUUCCAAAGUAACAGUGCAGUCUUUUCACAGUAACAGUGCAGUCUUUCCAAAGUAGCAGUGCAGUCUUUCCAAAGUAACAGUGCAGUAUUUUCACAGUAAAAGUUCAGUCUUUUCACAGUAACAGUAGGCCGGUUGUUACUCAUUUAUAUAGUACGUCUGCUAUUUUCCCAUGCAUAUCUCUAUAUCCCAAGUAUGUCCAUGCAUACGCAUAACGCCAAUGCAAUGGCGUAGUAGUCUUAGCGGGCCAAGAUUGUUGCCGCUUCUCUUCCAAGAAAAAACUUGUAAAUAGAAAAAGUGGCGCUCAGUGUGGACCGGACACUUUGCAAACACCCUCCCCUCCCCCUCCCCCCCUCCCCCACCCACAUUUUUACCUAUGCCAAUAUGUCAAUGUUAACAAAUAUCCAAAGAAUGUUUUUUCUACCAAAGAAAAUGUAUCAUGCUACUCCGAUUUCAUACUUCUGGUAUUGGAUAUUAAUCAAUAUUAUAAAGGUGUAAGCUCAAAGAAUUUCAAAUUAUUCAUUGGUAUUUGACCACCUGAAAUGAAAUGUUCAAAUAUCCAUCAACAGCUUCAGGUAAUCAGACACCCAUCAUGAGCCUUGUCCGGCAUCCAUCAAGCGGCAGUGUUGAGAUUCACCAAGGCGACUCCCUGGCCUCCCAUCCCAUCGUCGACAAGCGAUCUUUGUCUUCCCACUCCAACUUGCAAGUUCAUGCAGAAAACACCCCCCACGAGGCCCACCGCGGACAGAAGUCAAAGAACGCGUUAAGAGAACGAGCCGAUGGGCCGAAGUCGGAGAGAGGGUCUGUCUAUGACGCGGGGAAGACAAGUAUCGCAUCCGAGCGUAGAGAGAUGGGCAUCCAGGUGACACGUUGCGACUCUAACGUCAAGCAAUCGCCCGUGACCAGAUCUAUGGCGGGAAAACAUUUACGUAGGAUGAGCAAGUCUCCCAGUCUGAGGGCCAAGUCUGCGACGUCGAGGAAAAGAAAGUCAUCUAGCAACAAGAGCGAGGUGCAUCUGAGCACGGAGAAAAAACCACCCAAAUCGGUUGAUAAGAAAAUGAUACUGAGGCCAAAACCUCUAAGUGUGUCGCACGAGGGAAAAGGAAAACGUAAGUCUAGGUCUGUCAAUAAAAUUUACCAAGUCGAGCAUUUCGGCAAUGCUUCCUUCCGCAGCCAAAGCCGUGAGUCAGAAUACUCAGUUUUUCAGCGGGACGAAGAUAUGACGCCGUGGAACGACGUGGCGUCAGUCAGCGAUGACACGAGCGUCAUGGCAAAGACCAUUCGCAAUCCAAGAGUUCUAUCGGACGAGACGGAGAGAAGGGCCGGGCCGGAAGCAGUGCAAGCCACUGACAAUGACAAGCCGGAUUUGAGCAAAAGAAUUAAAACACCGUUUGCGAAAUACUCCCACGACUGUCACCCUCUCAGCAUGCUGGACAGACUGAGGCCCUCCCGGUUCUUUGAGGUGUCGGAUUCGUCCCAUUCGGACACCUCGACGACUCGGGUCACGCCUCAGCCACCCGUCCGUCCUCCUAAUAACGACCGGUGGGAGGCCUUCGUGUCCCACUGCUUCACAUUCCGUAAGAACAAAGCGGUUCAGCUCACGCCACAGUCCACUGAUACCGGUCAGGAUGAGGUCAACUGUGAAGAAACCAAAACGGAACCGGAAAAAACGACCGAAAACGAAGAGGAAGAUCCCACACCUGUAAAAGGCGAGGAAGACGGUGCCCAUAAAAUAUGUCGGCCGGCGGCGAGUGUGUGCACGUUCCUGUCAUGUAAGAAGACGAUUUUCCCCAAAGAACGGUCCACAGCGAUGUCUGGCACAACCGUCUCAAUGAACUCGACACCUUUCGGAUCCCAAAUGGGAUCCCAAGUAGGAUCCCAAAUAGGAUCCCAAAUGAGCGGCGAGGACACGUCACAGGCGUUGUCGAGACGUCAGCACAGAAUUAAGGUCACGGUCAAUGACAUCCGACCAAGUGUGGCGGCGAAACAUCGCCAUCUGUUGAGCAGGGUCACUCAGUUCAACAUGCCCCCCCAACCCACGGUCCAUGCGGAUCGCGUGUUGGGAGAAUGGCUGGUGGACAUCGUCCUCGUGUUCAUCACCCUGCUGUGCACGUGCCUCGUCUUCUACAUCCACCAGUACAACAAGCCGUCCAACGGCUGGAACUCGGACUGAAUUCAGUUGGUCUUGGUGGGUUUGUCAAUCGGCCAGUCAGUCCUGGCGGGCUGGUGAGUCAGUCCUGGCGGGUUGGUCAGUCAGUC